AUGUCAACAAAUAACGGCGGACUCUCAAGGCGUCGAGGAGCAGGAGGUGGCGGCGGUGAGGACUCUACACACACCAACUCUUCAAGACCUUCAUCAACAGGAGGAGCACCAGGAGGAGGAGGAGGAGGAGGAGGAGGAGGAGGAAACCAUGGUCACAGGAGUAGUGUUGAUGGCGGAAAGGUCUUUGCUGACCCGCGAGAUCUGCAGAUAGAGAACGAGAACAAGACACAACCUAGGCUGACCCUCAUGGAGGAGGUUCUUCUGUUAGGUCUCAAGGAUAAACAGAUCGCCACUAUGGCAGGAGAGGCGAGGCUCGGCUAUCUUUCGUUCUGGAACGAUAAUAUUUCAUACACACUACGAGGAUGUAUUCUCAUGGAGCUAGCGUUCCGCAAGCGCAUUGCAAUGGUCAAGGAUCCCAACCGUCGCAAAUACGCCCUCGCUGAUCGCUACAUCGAAGUCGUGAACGAAAAGCUGACAGGAGAGGUUCUUUUGGACGAGACAUUGAAGAUGAUCAACUCGACACAGGAGAGAAUGAGCGUCGGCCAAUGGAUCGAUCUCUUGAGUGGAGAGACAUGGAAUGUGAUGAAGGUUGGAUUUCAGUUGAAGCAGGUGCGCGAGAGGCUGGCAAAGGGAUUGGUAGAUAAGGGGGUCCUCAGGACAGAGAAGCGCAACUUUUUGAUCUUUGACAUGGCAACCCACCCAGUGACAGACUCGGCAGUCAAGGAGGAGGUUGUCAAGCGAGCCUGCACAACAUUGAUCUCUCGCUCCAACGGAUCUACCCCUUCGCUGACCGACCGAGAGAGCCCUAUGGUGUUCCAACAGCUCCGCACCGUGACGAUGGUAUGUGCGGCCUAUGCGGCCAACGUCCUCGAGAACGCAUUAAUGUACCUCAAUCACGAGAUGCGAGAGGUUGCCUACACAAAAGUCGAUGAGCUCCUGAGCGAUUACAGUCAAUACCCCUUUGUCUCGCCGGCGUCCAAGAAUGAGGUUGCGGGAAACGAUCUGCAGAUGGAGAUCAUUGCUGCUGUUUUGAAUGUAUUCACAAAGAUGGAUAGCAUUCUGUAG